AUGAACUAUUCUGAGGUAAAUACAACAAGUUUUGCUUACACCUUCAGAACCCAAGAAUGGCUGGAGUUAGAACCUUACGAUACCCUGAACAGGAUUACUAUAUUUGAUCAAGCUAAAUCCUCGAUAUUUGAGAUAAAGUGCCCCUUGACAGUCCAACAAUGCCGAUCCUACAUCUUCUUGUUUGGCGUUUUUGCUUCGCUUAUUCCACCUCUCGUUGUGGUCGGUAUCCUGUCUAAUUUACUCCUCUUAUGGCUAAUCAAACGAAACCUCAAUAUAUGCAAUACUGCGCGAGAAGCUUUUGGGCUCUUCUUCUGCCUGUUGAGCUGCCUUCAACUGAUUGUUGGUUUGCUGUCGUGGUUCUGUGAUGACGGACCCAAAUGGUGGGGAAUGGAUCUAGAAGGUGAAGACUUCUUCCUUCAAUUGUGUUUCAUUACCAUCAUGAGUGAUACUCUUUCUGGCACGCAGAGCAUUCUCAAUUUUUUCCAGUUACUUUUGUGUUCAAACGAUGAUCUUAUCGACUCAUUGACGCUUGUUUACCUCUUGGCCUGCAUCAGCUUUAUUUUGGGCUUCUUAUUUGCCAUCCCGUUUGGAUGCACUUGCACUCAUUCCAUCUGGUUUGACGAGUUUAUUUCCUUCCUCGAUCCUGAAUGGAGCAAACUGGUGAUAGAUUGGGUUACUUGGCAUCGCUGCCUAUUAAGUAUGGGCCUACUUCCCGACAUUCUUAGCCUUUUGCUAGCCAUUCUUGUCGCUGUUCAGCGAUACCGCAUCUUUCUUAUGCUGAGAUAUACACGGCCUCGGUUUGUUGGUCCAAAUAUAUCCACCAUUGCGCUGGCUCAUAUCGCGUAUGAUAUCUAUCAGCACAUCUCCUUCAAGAUGCUCUCAAUUGUUCACACUUUGGUUAACGCACCAAUUCGAAUUAUAUCAACUUACUUAUUUUGGCAGCUUAAAAACCACCUGCUUGGUGGCAUGAGUUCCACUGGAGCCACGGCACAAGAUAAAUUCAACACAUAUUUUCUCAUCGGUUGGAUGCACUGCGCUCAGUUCUUCAUAAUUCUGGCCUCAACCUGUCUGCUGUGGAUCUGGUACUUUACGGUACCGUUUAUUGAAAUCGCUGUCUAUUCACGCUUACUUGAGUUGGUGCCCAGGUUCAUCCGAGAAAACUUUUCUGCACACCAGCCAACGGCUUCGUCCACUUUUCCUACAUUAAUGAGUCCUGAAGACUUUUAUGAUCAGUACAACUUGGGCCAAGAGAUGAGUAGGCUCAGUGGCGAUCAAGCUCUUACUGAGCUAAGUAAAAUGCUAAAUUUGGCUAAGGUGCGAAUGCAGUCUGACGCCAGACAAUGGAGCGACUCGGAACAGAAGACAGCAGAAAGACAACAACUUGAUGAGAUUCGCUCGAGCAGAAGCGAUCAAAUUAAGGAGCUAAGAGAGGAGAAGGAGGAGGAGGAGAAGGGGGAGAAGGAGGAGAAAGAAAUAAGUGAAGAGAAUUUGAGUGAAGAAGAGUUAUUUACAUCUGGCUCAGAGAGCCUUAUCUCCACAGAACGGGCGUAUCCGCAGUUCCGGAGAGAACCCUUGCUAGUUGCAUUUAAAAAAAGGCCCAAAGAGGUGAUAGCAAGAGGCGGUAGAUUAUUUUGUGCGCAGCGACAGACAAUGCCAGACAAGAGGCGGUUAACUCUCCGUCGAGCCCUCUCCCCGAAGCGGCGGUCGCCAUCCAAAUCGGCUGGUCGAAACCCGCCGACAUCCUCCGACAGAUCCAUAAAAGGCAGAGGAAGGCAAAGGGGGCGUGGACAAUCAUCUGGUCAAAUUCGAGGUGGAAGUCAUCUGCAUGGAAACCCCCCAAGUCCAAAUUCAAGCAGGAGCUCCGGCCGGGUUUCGCCAUCCAAAUCACCAGAAUCUCCGCGAUUUACCAUACAGAACAAGACCCGUAUAGGUUGUAAGACUUGUGGCUAUGAGGAGCCACAAACGAAGCAGAAACGCUAUCCGAAAUGGCCGAACUUGCAGCCAAGGUCACGAGUUCAUACUAUAAACUCGAAAGGUAUGAGCCGAAAUAGAGAGGCAGGCAACUUUUCUAAACUAUUUCGGCAAUGUGAAAAUACACCAUCGAGGGUAAAUAAGACUAAACUUUCCACGAGGGAGCUUUCCCAUCCUUCAAUCGAUGCUGUGGCAAAACGAAAGGUUCAACCUUUUCACCUGAGCUGCUCAGCAACAUUGAUGCCUAAAAGAUGCAUAUUUAGCUCGAAGCUAUCAUCAGGGCGCGAAAGCCGAAGGUCAGAUCCUCAGAAUUGGGAAAUUUUAGGUUUACAGCAGGGCUCAUAUAGCAAAGAAUUAAAUUUCAAAGCUAAAACUGUGCCAGAACUGGACUUGGAGUGGGAUGCCCGAAACCGGCGAGAGACAGAGCAAAUUUUGAAGAACUUGGCAAAGUUCCGGAAAAAUAAUACCUGGACCCUGGGAACUGAGUUGGAGGAAUACUAUUGGGACACCGGAAUUUAG